AGUCUUCCGACAGCUCGAAAUCAAUGUAAGGAGAUUGUGGUCGAGGGAGUCCUGGAAAGAGGGAUGCCGAAAAUAGUAUACCAUUGCUCGUCUUCGGUCAUUUUUGGGGGCACUCUUUGUUGCAGUUGUCUCUUCUGAGCCUCGGAGAUACCUUCCCAUUCGCGCAUUGGGCGCUGCUCGCAGGACCGGGCUCUUAAAUGGACAUCGCGAACCUCCUCAGUGUUGAAGGUCUCCAUGCAAACCACGCAAUAGAUGGGGAGUCGAUGUUGCCUCGACAGAUGCUGUUUGACGUACGAGAUCUUGGUGAGCCGGUGUCUGUAACAGGAUCUAUAUCGAUGCGGAUCUUUCUUGCAAAACGGACACGCCAGCCAGAGACGACGAUUCUUUUCGAGCUUGGGAGGACACUGUUUCUUCUGAAUACCUUGACAUCCUUGGUCCCCCAAUCGCUCCUCUUCAGGGCAUCUUCCUCGUUUCUGGCCCUUCUCUCGAUAGACUCCAUAGACUCCUCAAUAUCCAUCCGCGCAGUUUCAGGUACGGUCAUGGUCCGCGGCGAAUCGAAUUGUGGUUCCGCUGGCUUCUUAGCAUCUUGCCUGGUGUCAUCCCUCAAACAGAUUUCGGACUCUCUGGAGUCGAGUCCAGUCAAGACAGGAUCCAGUCGCGAAGCAUACGGUUCGUGCCAGGCUUUCAUGAAUCGUCCACCAGCAUGAAUCACUAUCUCUUCAAUUGGGUCUGUUCUGGCCACAUCUCUCAGAGUAUCUAGCAUCUGGUAACGUGACAAGCUUGAUUUGAUUGCACAGAUGGAGCCUGCGACGGAUGAGAGAGAAUCACACUGGCCUGGACCGGAGGAAGUGACACCUUGCGUAUCUUCCAGUUUCGGCUGUGAAUCGAGUGGCACAACUGGGAACGCGCCAGUAUCAUCGACGAAAUAGAUGGCGCUGCUCCGAGUGCUGUUGGUGACGAUCUUUCCCGGGCCUGGAGGAGAUGCGUGGAGGCUAUUGCCGUCGCCAUGGGUCGGAGACUCCCCGGGUGAGGCUGCUGGACUGGGUGUUCCUAUUAUCGAUUUCUCCAGAGAAGCACGGGUUUGAAGUUGGAAUUGAG